AUGGUUCAGCUCUCGCUCGCUACCUUUGCCAUCGUCGCCGGCAUGUUCGCUCAGACCGCGCUCGCGGCUCCUUCGGAGAAGCGCGCGGCCAGCUGCUCGUUCCCCAACCCAUCCGCAUCUACCAACGUCAAGCUGUCCGCAGCUCGCACCAUCAAGGCUGGCGAGACCUUCGACGGCAAGAACCUCCGCUACGGCCGUGGUGUCAAGUGCGGCGGUCAGAAGGAGGGCGGCACCAAGGACGCCGUCUUCAUCCUCGAGUCCGGUGCUACUCUCGCCAACGCCGUGAUCGGUGUGGACCAGAACGAGGGUGUGCACUGCCAGGGCCCUUGCACCAUCCGCAACGUCUGGUUCGAGGACGUGUGCGAGGACGCCAUCACCAUCAGGCAGAGCUCCGGCACCUCCACCAUCACCGGUGGAGGCGCCAAGAGUGCGUCCGACAAGGUCGUCCAGCACAACGGCGGAGGCCUCGUCAAGAUCGACUCGUACUGCGUCCAGGACUUCGGCAAGCUCUACCGCUCGUGCGGCAACUGCGGCACCCAGGUCAAACGUCAGGUGCAGAUCAGCAACAUCAUCGCUCGCAACGGCAAGUUGCUUGCAGGCGUGAACUCGAACUUCGGAGACGUAGCGACGAUCGACACCAAGACGAACUCGUACACCAGCCUGACGUCAGUGUGUGACACGUUCCAGGGCAACAACAAGGGCGACGAGCCGACGACGCUGACCAAGAACAAGGCCAACGCUAGGCUAUUCAAACUCGUCGGCACAGAGUCUAUCCUAACGAAUCUCGAAAUCCUGAGAAUAUCCUUGGCCAUACCUAGUAUGAACACAGUUCCAGACCCGGUACCAUUUAUUUCAGCAUUCUUGACGCCGACUAUGGUAGAAAUCGACCACUCCCGUCAGGCCCAUCGUUACAUGGAACCAUAUAUUCUAUCUCAUCUAGUCUCUACAAUUGCACAACAGUCCCCACAUCUCCGCUCGCUGAAGUUGAGUAAUGUUGCUGAGCAGACCCGUAUGGGACCCAUUCACGCGGGUCAACUAGCCAACUCGCUGGCCCAGCUCCGUAACCUUCGUAUUCUUGGCAUUGGUCCCGUGGCUUUAGAUCCUCAAGUGCUAGCAGCCCUUGGUAGCUUACCCUACCUCGAGUCUCUUACUCUGAGCGAGCCCUAUGAUCCCCUAGGACUCUUUAGUUUGGAAAGGAUAGACAAACCACCGUAUGAAUCUCUUCCUCAUGAUAGCUUCCCCUCUCUUUGGCACUUAGAAAUCAACCCUCAUUUUACAUCUGACUCAGCGAAUCAAACGUGGAAUAUUGUUUCUCUCUUCCAACACCUUACCUCCAUUUAUGUGCGAAUAAAUACACACGUGACACAAGCCCAUAUCUGCGGCUUUGUACGUUCUAUUUGCCAGGGUAGUCCACUGGUGACAACCUUGCGCUUAGAUUAUGAUAAUAAUUCCUCAGGAUAUGUAUCAUGGGUUUCUGCCGAGAUAAUGGAUAGCCUGGCGCAGUUACCUCUACGUCGCUUGUGGCUGGUAGGAAAGGGCGGAUAUUAUGAUGCACCACGCUGGGAUAGUGAGCAACUCGCUCUUGCAUUACCAAAAUUGGAAGAUCUUCGAAUACGUAAUUACCUUUUUACGUUUAAUGACCUCGUAUUUAUGGCAAAACACAUGCCCCGACUUCAACAACUUUCGUUGUCGGUUCAUCUCAACAACUGGCCAUCUAUAGACGAACUGCAUACCCUUCGCCUAUCUUCGUCUCUAUCCCGCCUGCACUUUAAUAUGCACAUCUUCCGGAACGAUCUUUACGCUCUAGAAACAUCAUUUGGACUUUCAGAUAAUUUUUCAAAAACAAUAGCCGCGUAA